UAAAAAAAGAGGUUAUAUUUACAUUUUGUUUUGGCAUGAGCUAAAUUAUUAGUUUUAUAACAAUAAUUAAAUAAUUAAUAGAUAAAUUGUUAACAAAAUGCCUUCUUAUGAAUUAUCCAUGGUAUUAAGGCAAAUGUCCAGACCUGAAUUAGUGUCGGUUUUAAAACGUACAGCCGAGUCUAUAUUGGACAAAGGAGGCAUUUUAAGGCAACUACAAAAUUUGGGUUCUAGAGCCUUGCCCUAUAAAAUAAGUGAACAUGGUUUGGUGCACCGUGAGGGUACGUAUUUCACCAUAAAUUUCGAUGCCGCUCCCUCAAAAAUUGCCGAUAUGAGAGAAGAAUUUGGACGUGAUAUCGAUAUUGUACGACGACACAUUUUCAAAGUGGAAGAACCUGAGAAAUACGAGUGUACCUUACACGAAGAAAUGUUACCACCCGCCUAUCGCAAGGAUGUCCAGGAAAUGAUUGAAAUUGCUAAGCGUAAACAAAAACCAAAAUAUAAUUACAAUUCUGGUUUGGAUUAUUAUCCCUUCCAAAAGUAGUUUGUUAAAAAUAUUAAAUAAAGUAGUAAAGCCCUAAAUUAGAAUUAAA